UUGUCGGAAAUCCUCCAAAGAAGCAGCUCCAAGAUCCGCUCCGACGAUAAAAACAAUAAUUAGAAGUGAAGUAAUAAUACCCUCGGAUUUGUUCGGGACUUUCCCUGUGUGUCCCUCCUGCUUCUCCUCUUUUUAAAGCACUUAUUUCUACUGUAAAUAGACCCCAAAAAAAGAAAACGACAGGAUGACAACACAUUUCAGGAGCGGACCUGCUUUCGGUCUUUCUGCAGAGGUCAAGAGUAAGCUGGCGGGGAAGUACGACCCUCAGAAGGAGGAGGAUCUGAGGCUGUGGAUCCAGGACGUGACGGGGAAACAAGUCGGGGAGAACUUCAUGGAGAGUCUGAAGAAUGGAGUCCUGCUGUGCGAACUCAUCAAUGUCCUCCAGCCUGGCUCUGUGAGAAAGAUCAGCCAAUCCACUCAGAACUGGCACCAGCUGGAAAACAUCGGGAACUUUGUGCGUGCGAUCACAGAAUAUGGCCUGAGGCCGGACGACAUCUUUGAAGCCAACGAUCUGUUUGAGAACACCAACUACACUCAGGUCCAGAGCACUCUGCUGGCUCUGACAGGCAUGGCCAAGUCCAAAGGCUUCCACUCUAAAUAUGAUUUAGGAGUGAAGUACGCGGAGAAGCACCUGCGCCGCUUCGCUCCAGAGAAACUGAAGGAGGGACGCAACGUCAUCGGCCUGCAGAUGGGCACCAACAAGCUGGCCAGUCAGAAAGGCAUGACAUCUUACGGCACACGGCGCCAUCUGUACGACUCCAAGAUGGCGAUGGAAAGUCCUCUCGACCAAUCAACAAUCAGCCUGCAGAUGGGCACCAACAAGGGGGCCAGCCAGGCUGGUAUGACGGCUCCGGGCACACGGAGGCACAUCUUCGACAAGAAGCUGGAUCUGGAGUCCUGCGACAGCUCCACCAUCUCGCUGCAGAUGGGCACCAACAAGGUGGCGUCGCAGCAGGGCAUGACGUCCUACGGUCUGCCGCGCCAAGUCUACGACAACAAGUACUGCACCAACCCCACCGAGGCCCAGAACAACAACGGGGGGGACGAGUUCGACGGCUACCAGUACGACGACUAAAAGAAAACACACCCUAAAAACCUCCUCCCUCCCUACGCUUACCGUCAGACGACCAGAAAACACGACUCUUUUGUCUUUGUGUCGAAGCAAACUGACUGUUAUUUAACACUGAUUGACGUUGAACUUCGUCCCCCUAAAGCUUUAUGAAUUUGUCUUUCCUGAAUUAAAGAAAAAAUAGCGUUUGCACUGACCCUUACGUCAAAGAUUUCCGUAUCUAUGAGGAUUUUUAUUACCGCAAAAUAAAAAAACAAGCCACACUCAGAUUUGUGCUAUUUAUAUUUUUCGCUUUUUUACUUGCUUUGUAAGAGAGUGGUGCAGGAAUGAGUCCUAAAACCCGGAAGUGAGUUAGCAUUUCAGUACUUUCACAUUUUGUUGUACGACAUCAAAUAUGUCAGUAAACACCCCACUGGUGAACGUCACAAAGUGUUUUAAAUACAGCUACAUUAGUGACUAAAUGAGACAAAUAAACGCCAAACAUUAGCCGCCUUUAGCUUAGCGGUGGUGACGUGAAGUCAUGUGACCAAGCUGUAGUUCCUUUAUAGCCCAACAUUAGCCGCCUUUAGCUUAGCGGUGGUGAUGUGAAGUCAUGUGACCAAGCUGUAGUUCCUUUAUAGCCCAACAUUAGCCACCUUUA